GAGUUUCCCUGUGAGCCAGCACUUGUUGAAAGAGUCUGUUCAGAGAGAGUUGGACCAGAGCAUAGCAGCGUUUUACACCUGGUGAGAGAGUAGAAUAAGUUCAGACGCAUUAUCGACUCAUCACUCAUGUAGGCUACUGUGAGGAUUUACUGUUUCUGGUCAUUUUGAAGGCAUCUUUGUGGGUCCACAGGGUAAAAAACCUCAACCGACUUUCAGAGAGGUGAAAUAUCCACGUCCACAAUGCCUUGUGAUGGUUCCCCGCCGCUGUUGCUCCUUCUCCUGUUCCUAUCUGUGUUUGGGGCGUCCCACGCCUGCCUGCAGGACCCGGCUUCAGCCUACAGAUUCACUGGAGCUGUAUGUCGCCUCACCUACCCUGCAGCAGUUGUGUUGAAUGAGAAAACCACUAAAGUGAUUGAGGCAGCGUUCCAGCAUGCCAGAUACCCAGAUGUAAGGGGAGAGAAAUCCCUGCUCUUUAUAGGCAAAGUCAUAUAUGGUCUGGAAAAUUUGGAGAUCCACAACUUGUCGAUUGGCCGGAGUGAAUUUGAACUGCGUCCAGGUGAAGGCAUCGGCAUGAAAAUAAGCAAUGUGUCAGCAGUCUUCAGAGGGACCAUCCAGUAUGGAUACGGUGGCUGGCUUGUCAACGUAACACAUUCAAUUGACUUUGAAAUUGAGUCUCAGAUUGAUCUUGGAAUCAACCCCAAACUUUACUGUGGAGGAGGGAAGGUGGCAGCGGACACAUCAGACUGUUAUCUGAAUUUUCACAAGCUCCAUCUGCAACUGCAGGGAGACAAAGAACCGAACUGGCUUAAAAAGCUUGUCACCAACUUCAUCACCUUCACCGUCAGAGUAGCCAUAAAGGGACAGAUUUGUAAGGAGAUCAACAAGGUGGCAAAUAUACUGGCUGACUUCAUACAAGACACAGCAGAGCAUUUCCUCACUGAUGGAAACAUCAGUGUGGAUAUCGGUGUUACUGCUUCUCCUGCCAUCACUGCUAACUACAUAGAAUCAUAUCACAAGGGGCUGACCAAGUACAACAACACUUCCGCUGUCAUCAGUGACUCUGUUUUCCACCCCAGUCAGCUGACUGAAAACAGGAUGCUCUACUUUUGGUUGUCAGACCAGGUCUUUAACCCCAUGCUUGCUGCUGCCCACCAAGAUGGCCGUUUCCAACUCAACAUUUCUGGAGCAGAGCUCACUGAACUUUUCAAGACAAGUCUCUCCACUGCCAUGCCGGAAUUUAUUAGAAAGUGUCUGCUGGAAUCUGGUUCCCCUGAACUAAGAGUGUGGAGUUCAUCAGUUCCCCACCUGAACACCUCCACCAUUGGUACGACCGUCUGGGUCAUGGCCUCUGGGCAGCUUCACUGUGGGAGUCCAGACACACCGACACUCUUCUUUGAAACGGAUGUGGCCAUGGAGGUCACAGUUUCCUAUGCUGACAAGAAACUCUUCCUGCACGGUAACCCGACAGAGACCAUUGUAGUCAAAGCUGAGCUGCCUUUACAGAAUCAACCGCUGCUGGAUCAGACACAGGUGGAGUUCAUAAGAGAAGCCGUGGAGAAGAUUGGCAUUCCCAAGGUUCUGUCUGCUCUUGAGAUCGAGAUCACCAGGCUGUUGGACAAACAGGGAGUUAACCUAUUCGACAUCUUUAACCCAGUGGUGCUUCCUCGAGAUGGCUUUGUGGUGAUUGAGAUGGAUUUUGGUUUCCCCCAUCACCUCCUGGUUGAGUUCCUCAGGAAGACACUGCAGUAACUGGCCAACCCUGACACAUUUUGGGCCAGAUUUGCUCGUGACUUGCCUAAAAGUGUUGCUCAAGUACAAAAUGUACCUUUAUAGUGAUUAUCAACAUGAGUAAGCCGUACAAAACAUGCCUCUGUUGCAUUGUUGUAGCACAUUUUUAUGUAUUUUGAUUUGUUGUGCACUAGCUCAACUCUUUCCUUAAAAUCUAGAUAAAGCUGCGGACAAGCUUGUCACUGACUGUGAUGAAUGCAUGACACCAUGUUUGGAGACAGAUAAUACAUUUGAAAGGGCUUUACAUUGAAAUGGUUAAAUGUUUAACUCCCACUCUUCAUUUAGUUUGCUUCCUAAAUGUAAAGAUUUUUGUAUUUAUACAUUUGCUUAAUGAACAGAUCACCUGUCUUUGUGGGGGUUUGGAGAGGGUAUAAUGAGUAAUCACUUAAAUAAAGAACUAAGAGGCGUUUGGAGAAAGAAGCAAA